AUGCGUUCCGCUGCGAUCCUUGCCGCCUUGGCGGUCGGCACUUGUGCCAAACUCGUCCACAAGGAGGUGUACACGACCGAAUGGACUACCGUCACCGUCACCGAGACCGUCACCCAGUGGCCCACUCAUGCCCCCAGUGCCGUCGUUGUGAAUAGCGAGCCUGCCUCCACUCUUCAGCCCGUCGAAACUCCCGCCCCUACCGUCGAUCUGUCAAAGAAGACCGGCGUCGCAGCCGAGACCGCCCCCGCUGAGGUCAAGUCCAAGCCCGCCCCCGCUGAAGUCAAGUCGGAGGCCGCCCCCGCUGAAGUAAAGUCGGCGGCGCCUGCUGUUGAAGCCGAGUCCAAGGCUCCUGCUGCUACAACCAGCGUGACUGCCCCCGCGACCUCAUCGGUCGAGCCCGUUCAAGCUGUGACCUCCUCUGCUACUUCUUUGGCAACCUCGGCCUCUACCACUACUGCUGCUGCUGCUGCCACCUCUGCCGUCAGCACCAGCUCUACUGCCAGCGCCGGCGGUUCCUACCAGGAGUCGCUUUUGUCCAACCACAACAUCCACCGCAGCACCCACGGUGCCGACGCUCUGACAUGGUCCGACUCCCUCACCGAAAGUGCCAAGACCCUCGCCAUGCGCUGUGUUUAUGAGCACGACACUUCUAUCGGUGAAAGACAGUAUGGUCAAAAUAUCGGAUACGGUAUUGAGCAGUCGAAGGUCGGCGAGCAAAUUAUCUCUCAGAUGAUGUACAGCGAUGAAGAGCCUCUAUUCUCGGGAUUAUACGGCCAGGCUAACCCUGAUAUGACCAACUUUUUGGAUUGGGGCCACUUCACCCAGAUUGUCUGGAAGGACACCCGUGAAGUCGGUUGCUACACCUACACUUGCGCUUCGUUGAAGGAAGGCGAAUCCAGCAUUCCCAACUCACCCUUCACUGUCUGCAACUACUUCCCCGCCGGUAAUUACGAGGGCGAGUACGCGGAUAACGUUGCACCUCCGUCUUAA